AUGACAGGACAACAACAGACAACAAGAAAAAGACAACAAUCAGGUCGAUCAUCAUCAACAACAGAUGGUAACUCUGGUCAUGUGCCACAAAAUAGAGGUACAAGACAACAACAACAACAACAACAACAGAAUGGUGAUGACUUAAGGUUGGAUGUGGUAUACGAGUCGUACAAACAUUGGUCAUCACUCAAUCGAAUUACAGCAGUGAUGAUUGUUGUUGUGAUGCUGAUGAUCUAUACACAGAAUGGUGAUAUGACCAUUGGAGGUGACUCAAACUCAAACAUGUUGCUGGCAUUGCGCAUGUCAAACACACCUCUGCUCAAAUGGCAUUCACUAGACUCUGUUUUUGGCCUCACCGAGGUCAGCACGCCAUGUCUCUUCUCAUGGUCAUUCUGGGCGGACGACCACUCGCCGCCCCGCACCGGCCUCUCGCUUCAACACUGGAACAUCACGACGCAGGCUCAGUUAAAGAAGAACGGUCCGCCCGAGAUUGUCAGUGCGUGGCAGCUGUACGAGAUGGGUCGGAUAAAGAUGGAGACGUCGCACUACAACCUGGUGCCCACGAGCCAGAAGGGCAUCUACGUCAACACAUUCAGUAUUGGCACGGCAAUAGUAUCAGCACCAAUCUUCUACGUCUACAACAAGUUGUUCCAUCCCUCGGUUCAGCAGUCCACAAUCGAGCUGUGCAAGUAUGACCGUCUGUCAUUGCUCACCGUGUCAAAGUUCACGGCCUCGCUCUUCACCGCCCUGUCAUGUGGCGUGAUGUUUAUGGUGUUUAAUCGAAUAAUCUCAGAGACUCGCGCGGGUGCCGCCACCAACAACACGGUCAAGUACGUCGCUGCCAUAGGCCUGUCCGUGCUCUAUGGUCUGGGCACAACGCUGGCCAGCAUCAACAGCCAGGCACUCUGGCAACAUGCCCCAAACACAUUGUUCAUAUCACUUGGAAUGUACUUUUAUAUCAGGUUGCAGCAGGACUCUACAGGCUUUGAGCGAUCGGCAAUCAUGUGUUCACUGUCCCUGUCCCUGGCAACACUAUGUCGUCCAACAAGCGCGCUCUAUCCAUUGGCCGUCCUCCUCAGACUGCUUGGCAACACUGUCGUUCCAGGCAACGUGGGAUUCAAGAAGCAGGCCACCAAGCUCUUGCUGUACGGCUCGAUUGGCGCGGUGAUUGGCGCAGCGUUUCUCUAUCACAACCAUCACUUCUUCCAGUCACCAUUCACCACUGGACAGACUGUGGCUGCAGAGAAGCUGGCCACAUCCAAGACUGGCCUGGCGGGUUCAUGGACCACGCCCUUCUGGACGGGUGCAUCCACCCUGUUCUUCAGUCCAUCGCGAGGACUGUUCACUCAUUCACCCUUCCUCAUAUUCGCACUGAUGGCCUUUUUCUUUAGCGACAAGCAAUCGGUGGUCACCCUGGCGCCCUUCAUUGCAUCGACCACAGUGCUCACCUAUGCGGCGUCCACCUUCUUUGACUAUUGGGGAGGAUGGUGCUUUGGAGCCAGACCACUCACAGACACCAUGUCCACGUACUUGGCAUUGAUAGCUGCCUCUAUCCCACGUCUACAUCGAUGGCAACCGCUUGCCCUGUUGCUGGCAUGCACUGGCGCUCUCUCAAUCGUAGUGCACAUGAUUGGAAUGUACUCAUACGAUCCAUUGAUUUGGAACUAUCAAAAGGCAAUCAAGAACACUAGCACUGGACAAUUAGAACUAAUUGACAACUUUGACGUAAUCACUGGCAAGCAGGAUGCACCACCAGGCACUGUGAUGGUCAAUAUAGAUGACCUACAAUACCGUUGGCGUCUAUGGGAUUGGAUAAAUGGUCAACCAAUAUACCUACUCAAGCACCUCUCACUUGCCAGAGCAGUCAAAAAGAAUUCCAUUCAACUCUGGAUCAAAGGUCAACUAACAUAA